UUGUUCUAGUAGGUAUGUAAUUAUUGUAGUAAUUCAAUGUUUCCUCAGGUUUAAAUCUGAAAUAAGAGUUCGAAUCAAAAUAACUCGAUUUCAAUUUAAUCAGUUAUAUCUAAUUUGCUGCCACUUCAAUUUUUUAACAAUAAACAUGACUAUAGUCUUAUAGUCUUUUGUGAUGAAAUAUUUGCCUGUAUAGACUAUAUUAUCUUUGCCUGUCCCGUCAAACAAAUGAAGUAAAAGAAAGUGUAAUGGUAAAGUAUGUAAAUAAACAAUUUAUUCAAAUUGCAAUGAAAAGAAAUGAAUCUAUUUAAAGAAAUCUAGUAAAGUAUAAAAUUUAUAUAGGAAACAUUUGGAUAAACAAUGAAUUAUAAAGAUAAAUGCCGUACUUGUUUGGGUAGUUCUACAGACAUGAGAUCCAUUAGUUCUUCAAUUUCCAUAGGAGGACGAGACGUUCAGUUUGCGGAAAUAUUGCUGAAUUUCUAUAGCUAUCAGGUAACAGAAGAUCCCCUACUUUCUGAAAACCUUUGCAUCAGCUGUGCUCACCAACUAACCAUCACAUAUUCUUUCAAAGUCCUAAUAGAAUCAAGCUAUAGGAAAUUAAUAGAAAACUAUAAUGAUUUAAACCAUACAAACGAUAAUUACGAAGCCGUAAGUGAAUCUCAUGAUGAAAAUAAAAAAAAUUAUAACAGAAAAAAGAAAAAAUUCAAAACAAAAGUGAAAGUUAAAGAGGAACUCGUAACAAUAUACUGCGCUGUGUGUAAACAGGAAUUUAAUUGUAUUAAAACAUUAAACGAACAUUGUACUAAUAGUCAUCCCACAAAAGGAGCUGGAAGGAGUUGCGAUUAUUGCAGUGACAAAUUUGAAGACUUCAGAUCUCUGGUGCUACACAGAAAACUUCACUUGACACCGUUUUUGUGUGAAAACUGUUGGGAUGGCUUUCUCAAUGAGGAAGAACUAAGUAUGCAUACCUGCCAGCCGAACAGAGAUAAAAGUAAAACUAAAACGGAGAGAGUGUUACGUCAGUGUGACCAAUGCGGUAGGUCUUACCCCCCAAAUUACAUUAGAAUCCACAUGUUAACCCAUGGUAACGAAAGAUCGUACAGCUGCAAAUACUGCCCCAAGAAGUUCAAAGUUCCGGGAAGUCUCAAUUCACACGUAUUAUGGAAUCACAAAAGAACACGAAACUACAAAUGUGAAGUUUGCAAUGCAACAUUUAUUUCCUCGAGCUCUAAAAGUUCACACAUACGUAAGAAUCAUUUGAAAGAAAAGAAAUAUCGAUGUGAUACAUGCGGGAAAAGGUUUUUCUCCAAAUCUGAACUGCAGAGGCACUCUUUGACUCAUACUGGGGUUAAGAACUUUCAUUGUCACUUGUGCGAUAAAUCAUACCAAACUAGAUAUGGACUGAAUGUACAUUUGAAAUCACACACACAACUUUUUUACUUCAAGCCGAAACACAUGACUGAGGAAACUGACAGCCAUAAAUUUCUUAUUUUGUUCAAGGAUAGUCACAAAAUUUGGAACCAAAUAGUCUGUUGAUAAAAAACAUUUAUUUAAAUAAAAAUACGGUGUGCACUAAAAUUAUUAUUCGCCAUUAAAAUUACAAGUAGACAACACAUUGUAAUAUGUGUAAAAAGUAAUAAAAAAGUAACAAGUGCUGGAAAUUUAAAAUGAUUUACAAUAAAAAAAUUUAGGUUUUCUUUUUUUGAAUUAAUUUAACAAUUCCUCACCUAUAAAUGAUUAGCACUGAACAUGAUGUAUUUAAACAUAUUUAUUUCAAAUUAAAAGGCACAUUAAAAAAAUAAUAUAUGUUUUUUCUAAUCUAAAGAUAAUUUAACAUUUUCAUUGUUUAGUUGGAAUCGAGCACCGCUGGAAUUAUCAAAUUUAUAAAAUAUCCAUCCUGUACCAAUUUAUUAAAAAUAAAAAAUUUGUACAUUCAACCAACGAAUAGAUUAUCUACGUAUGA